AUGGAGCAAGAUGUGGACACUGGUUAUAGGACUUUGUGCUGCACUUGUCUUAGUUCAGAUCGAAACGUUAUAUCUAUAAAUGGACUUACAUCAAUAUAUCAAAUAUUUAGAUUAAUUAUGUACGAUUACGCGGGAGACAGGUUCGGUGAUUCUAUAAUAGAAUUGGAGCAGUUAGUAUGCUGGGAGUGCCUUGCAUUAAUGAAAAAGUUGGCAAGAUUCAAACAACAGGUGCACAAUGCACAGGAACAUUUGAGAGUGCUUGCUAUGAGUCAAUCUCAGGAGACGAUGGACCACACAUACAUGUCCCAAACUCUGUCAUCACUUGGAAGUGUAAUGAAAAACGAUUAUGACAAAGUCAUAGUAAAUUAUUCCCAUGACGUUGAAUCUCGUGAUAUUGAAGAUAAUAUAAUUAUAGAAAGCAAAGAAUGGCCAUCCCAUUAUAUUACAGUGAGUACUACUCAAAAUGUGAAAAAUGAAGGUUAUGACGUCACUCAGGCGUUAGGAGAUCAUAUUACUUUGGAUAUGGAAGACCAGGUUAUGGAAGUUCCAGAAAUUGUUUUGGAUAACACAGUUACUGGAGUGAUGUCUCACAUAGUGGUCGGCGAGCCCUUCACGACCGUUAAAGGGGAAUUACCGGAGUUGACAAUAGAUCCAACAACAGAUCCAGAUACAGUAAUAAUAACGGAAAAGUCUAAAGCAAAGGCACAAACUCAAAAUGAUUUAAAAUUAGGCUACACAACAGCAUAUAUGUCGGACGCUGAUAUGUUAGCUGUAAGAGAAAAGGCGAAGGAAAAAAUACAAUACUCCGAUACAGCGUACAAAUGUGAAUUGUGUAUCAUAGGAUUUUAUUCUCAACAGCAAGUGGAAGAUCACUUCGUAUCGUUCCAUAGAGAGAAACCAGGCCAUCUACCGUGCAAAGUGUGCUACGUGUACGUGCCGGAAGCGAAGCUAACCGAACACACGGACAGUCACUACUGGCGGUAUACAUGUAAAAUGUGCAACAAACAGGAGACGAGUCUGAAGGGUAUGUCGUUGCACGUGAAGACGCAUAUGGGCAAGCAUAUGUCCAAUACUAUUAUACAGGUUGGAGAUGAAGUCGAUGGGAAAGGACGAAAGACGAAGAGUGAUAUAGAUAAAAUGAUUGUGGAAACACGGCCUAGGAAAGGGCUCAGAAGCUUAUUGUCUAAAACUACGAUAGUGGGAUAUAAGUGUUUGGAGUGCGAUAUGUUUUUCAAGAGUUCCCGAGCUCGUAAGAAUCACGUCGACAGAUACCAUAGAGAGGGUCUGCAGUGCGAUCAGUGUCAGAAGAAAUUUGUUAACCGGACCACACUUACUACGCACUUGCGUCUCCAUGAAGGACCACUGCCUCGGGAAGAAUGUCCAAUCUGCCACAAAAUGGUCCGUUCCAUACAAAUAAAGUAUCACAUAAAGAGACAUGAGGAUACAAACAAAUAUGAAUGCACGGAUUGCGAUAAGGUGUUCAGUCAUCUCGCUACGUAUCAGGCUCAUUUGAAGUAUUCAAGGGUACAUGGUACCGAGCAGGUGUUUAAAUUCGAAUGCCCCAUGUGCCAAAAGCGUUACCCCACGAAGCAGACCAUGCAGGAUCACUUCAACUAUCAGCACUUGGGGAAAACUACACAUAAAUGUCCUAUAUGCAGUAAGCCGAUAGCGACUAGAGCGAACGUAGAUAAACACCUGAUGAGAGUUCACGGUGAGAAGAAACAGAAGCCGAGAAAUCACGUGUGUCAACAGUGCGGGAAAGCGUUCACUGACAAAAAGGCACUGACCCAGCACAUUGUGAUCCAUUCAGGUGACAGGCCUAUUACCUGUGACAUAUGCGAGCAGAGCUUCAAACAAAAAGCAUCUCUAUAUACACAUAGAAAACGUGUACACAAAAUAUUUCCACCGAAACGAUCAGUUGAAUUCAUGGAAGAGAAAAAUGAUAACUCUCAA